UGACUCAGACAGACCAGGACCGGCCUUCCUUCCUGUGUGGACCCGACCCCUCAGAGCACCGGCCUGUGUUCUACCAACAUGCUCAGGCGGACGGGCAGCGUCGCCCUCAGAGUGACUCAGCAGCAGCGUGAAGGGAUCCAGAGACUGAGUCCUGGCCUUCAUGGAGACCAGCAGGCAUCCACCACCACCACCAGCAGCUCCACCGUGAUGGCGGCCAGCAGCAAGCUGAAAACAAUGGACCAGCUGGGAGGUCCGAGUCUCCUGACCACCCUGAACUGGCUGUUUGUGAAGGGCUACAUGAAGACUACGCAGCAGCUACAAGUGGAGCACAGCCGGCUCUACGGCCCUCUGUGGAAGUCAACGUACGGCCCUCUGGUCGUGGUGAACGUGGCCAGCGCCGACUUCAUCGAGCAGGUUCUGAGGCAGGAGGGGAGAUUCCCCGUCCGGACCGACAUGCCCCACUGGAGGGGCUACAGAGAGCUCAGGAACCAGGCCCACGGACCCCUGACAGCGAUGGGGGCCGACUGGCAGCAGAUCCGCAGCGUCCUGAAUCCUCGGAUGUUGAAGCCCAAACACGUCUCGUCCUACGUCAACACCAUCAACGAGGUGGUGGGCGACUUCAUCCGCAGACUGAGCUGGCUGAGGGAAACCACCGGCGGCGGACUGAUGGUCCACGACCUGACGGAAGAACUCUACAAGUUCGCCUUUGAAGGCAUCAGCUCGGUUCUGUUUGAGACCCGUAUGGGCUGCUUGGAGCAGGCGGUUCCGGAGGAGACCCAGAGGUUCAUCGCCUCCGUGGGGGACAUGUUCCGGCUGUCCCCCGUCAUCGUCCUCUUCCCCAAGUCCCUCUGGCCCUACCUGCCCAUCUGGAAGCAGUUCGUGGCGGCCUGGGAUUAUCUCUUCAAAGUCGCUGACAGGCUGAUCCAGCAGAAGAUGGAGGACAUCCAGCAGAAGGUGCACCUGGACCAGAGCGUGGAGGGCGCGUACCUGACGCACCUGCUGCUCAGCGACCAGAUGACGGUCACGGAGAUCCUGGGCAGCAUCACCGAGCUGCUGCUGGCGGGGGUCGACACGACCUCCAACACCGUCUCCUGGUGUCUGUACCAGCUGGCCCAGCACCCAGAGGUCCAGGAGCAGCUGUACCAGGAGGUGAUGAGCGUCUGUCCCGGGGUCGAGCUGCCGGGCAGCGAGCACAUCGGCCGGAUGCCGUACCUGAAGGCCAUCGUCAGAGAGACGCUUCGGAUGUAUCCCGUGGUCCCAGGAAACGCUCGGGUGACCGUUGACAGCGAGAUCGUGGUCGGAGGUCAUCUCUUCCCCAAAGACACGCUGUUCCACCUGUGCCACUAUGCCGUGUCCUACGACGAGCACAUCUUCCCCGACGCACACGCCUUCCUGCCGCAGCGCUGGCUCCGAGGGGCCCCGGACAAGGCCCGGCUGCACCCGUUCGGCUCGGUGCCGUUCGGCUUCGGGGUCCGGGCGUGUCUGGGGAGACGGGUGGCCGAGCUGGAGAUGUACCUCCUGCUGUCCAGGCUGAUGAAGCACUUCGAGGUGGGUCCGGACCCAGCAGGGACCCGGGUGGAGCCCAUCACCAGGACCCUGCUCUGCCCCGCCAAACCCAUCAACCUGCAGUUCAUGGACCGGCCAGCGAGGCAGCAGAGGGCCGUUUAGUAUUCACAGACCCUCACAGCUGCGUUCUGGACCCUGAAGCGGGCCUCAGGACCACCAGCAGCCUGAAGGCUCAACCAGCUCUUUGCUGGUCGGGGAAGAGACGACAACAGAUUUAUUCUUCACAAACGAUGUGCUUCAGUUGUUGGAGGAUAAGUUCUAUAUACACAUGAAUCAUAAUAACUACUUUAUGAUACUGCUGUCCCAACAGGAACACGUCGAUCCUUAAAGAGUUAAUCAAUAAACCAAUAACAAUCAAAAGAACAGAACAUAUUCUUCAUGCUUCUUAUUACUGAUAACAACGUAUUUGUCUAACGCUCAAAACCUUUAAAAACCUUUAAAAACCUUUAAAACACUUUUAAACACUUUAAUAAACUUUCUUAUGUACAGCUCUUAAAAAUCUGUAAAACCUUAAAAACCUUUAAAAAACUUUUAAAAACUUAGAAACACUUAAAACCCUUUAAAAAAAACUUAAAAACCUUUCAGAAAACUUUAAAACAAUAAAAAUAUUUGAACAAAACUUUGAAAACCUUUAAACACCUUAAAAAGCAUUUACAGUUCUUAAAAACCUUAACAAACCUUUAAAAAUCUUUAAAGCUCUUAAAAAACUUACAAAUCUUUUAUUAAAUGGUCCAUAAAUAAAGUUGUUUCUUCAGUUUCACUGAUUAUUGAUCACAUGUCACUAUUUAUUAGUUAGUAAAUGUUCCCGUUACACAACGCCUCAUUUGCAUAUUUAAAUAUAUCAUUCCAACUUAAAUGUCUAAAUGUAAUAAAUCAAGUGGGAAAGUUUCAUUCUAACUUUAAACAAAUAUGUUUAAAUCAAACAUAUAAAAUAUAACAUAAAUACAACAUACAUAAAUAUAAAUAUAAUAUACAUAGAUAUAACAUAAAUAUAACAUAUAAAUAUAAUAUAUAUAAAUAUAACAUAUAUACAGUAUAUAACAUACAUAUAAAAUACCUAAAUAUAACAUAUACAUAAAUAUAACAUAUAAAUAUAAUAUAUACAUAUAAAAUACCGAAAUAUAACAUAUAAAUAUAACAUAUACAUAUAACAUAUACAUAAAUAUAACAUAUAUAAAUAUAACAGACACUUCUCGGCCCUUCAGAUUGAAGGUUUAUGAUUCUUCAGACUUUAUUAUUUGUGUGUUUCUGGUCCAGUUUUGUAUUUGUACAGCAGAAUGACUCGUAUAAUAAUAAUAUAUAUAAAAUAAUAUAUAUAAUAAUUACACAAUAAUAAUAUAAAACAUUUUUUGCUCUUUACAACAUGAAAAUAAAAUCUUGGGUUUUAAUCUUCACUUCCUGUCGUCAUCUCUUUUUUAUGAUUUGUCCCAUAAAGAAAUGUUAAAAUGUGAAUGAAUUCAUCCACAUGGAAUUAUUAUGAAUGAUAUUAUCAAUAAAACUGUUUGUGCCUUU